AGUACAUAAACUGGACAACUGCACAACCACACAACUACAACCAAUCUGAUACUAUAGUUGGCGCGGCAUAUACAGGAUGAGUUUUAUUUCUUUAGGUAGCUGGUCUUUCAUAUUUAUAAUUUUAAGAUUUCUCUGGUUAUUUCGCGGUGGCUUUGCACAGGAUGAUCAAUAUAAAAUAGGUGCAGGGAUUGCAGAUGUUACAGGCCCUGCAUCUGACGUAAACAUGAUGGGUUAUGCCAACCCAGUUCAGAUUACAGGGGGCAUUCAUCUCCGGCUUUUUAGUAGAGCGUUCAUCUUCUGUCAGGACAAGUGUAAUGUGUUUGUCACAGUCGACCUCGGUAUGGGAUCUCAGUUAAUAAAUGAGAAGGUUUUCAAAAAACUAUCUGAAAAUGGUCUGGGGCAGUAUAAUGUCAGUAAUACAGUGAUCAGUGGAACUCACACACACUCUGGACCGGGAGGCUAUCAGCAGUAUCUGUUGUUCACCUUGACCUCUCUAGGGAAUGUAGAUGCUAAUAUUGACAUCAUCGUUGAUGGCAUUGUUGAGAGUAUUGAGCAAGCCCAUGAGAAUCUUGCUGAUGGUGCCUUGAUGCUAAACGAGGGGGAGCUACUUGAAAGUAACAUCAACCGCAGUCCAGCAGCCUACCAGAAUAACCCAGAAGAAGAAAGGCAAAAGUAUCAAUAUGAUGUUGAUAAAGAGAUGUUCCUGUUAAAACUCAUUGGCAAAAACAAUUCUGAUGUUGGAAGUAUUAAUUGGUUUGCUGUGCACCCUGUGAGUAUGAACAGCUCAAAUCGUCUGAUCAGCGGUGACAACAAAGGAUAUGCAGCCUAUCUGAUGGAAAAGGAGUUCAACUUUGAUAAUUUUCCUGGCCAGGGUGAAUUUGUGGCAGGUUUUUCCAGCAGUAACCUUGGUGAUGUUUCACCAAACAUCAAAGGUGCAUCUUGUGUGGACACAGGGAAACCAUGUGACCUGUUAACUAGCACCUGUAAUGGCAAGGUUCAGUUAUGUAAAGCAGCUGGACCAGGCAAUGAUAUGUUUGAGAAUACUGAGAUUAUUGGUAAACGUCAGUUCAACAAAGCUUUGGAAUUAUAUGACACUGCAAAAGUGAAUGUUAGUGGACCAGUAGAUUUUAUCCAUCAGUUUGUUGACAUGGCAAACUACAUGGUGCCACUGAGUAACAAUCGUACAGUGAGUUGUUCAUUUUACUGA